AUGUCUGUCGCCACCGGCACUGUGAACUCGGCGCCUGGCCCAAACCCUCAAGCCUCAAUUCAGGCCGAGAGAGCCAACAGUAGCUUUGACCCUACGGUCAUGCACUAUUUUUUGGAGUCUUCCAAGGCGAAGGCCGAGGACUUCAAGAGUGUCUGCCAGCAAAUGGAAAGAGAUCCUAUUUUGGCCAACGAUGCUUCGUACUAUGACCUUACUAAGGCAGAGCAAAGAGAGGUGACCGCACGUAGAAUUGCUCGCAUUGCCCAAUACUUAGAGAUCUCGCCAGAUCGUAAAACUGAGGCUACGCGUAAUGCUGUCUUGAAUUUGUAUGAUCCACAAGUUGGUACCCGUAUUGGUGUCAACUUGGGUUUGUUCUUAGGAUGUAUUCGCGGAAAUGGAACUGUUGCUCAGCAGAAAUAUUGGACUUCAACGAAGGAGACCAACAAUUUGAAAGGUAUUUAUGGCUGUUUUGGUAUGACCGAGCUCGCUCAUGGCUCUAAUGUAGCCGGCUUGGAAACCACAGCUACUUUUGACCAAGACACUGAUGAAUUUGUGGUAAACACCCCACACAUUGGUGCUACUAAGUGGUGGAUCGGUGGUGCUGCCCAUUCGGCUACCCACUGCAGUGUUUAUGCUAGAUUGAUUGUCAAUGGCGAAGACUUUGGUGUCAAAACCUUUGUUGUACCAUUGAGAGACUCCAACCACAACUUGAUGCCUGGUGUAUCUGUUGGUGAUAUUGGUGCAAAGAUGGGUAGAGAUGGUAUUGAUAACGGUUGGAUUCAGUUCUCGUCUGUGAGAAUCCCAAGGUUCUUCAUGUUGCAGAAAUUCUGUAAAGUUUCUCGUGAUGGUGAUGUUGUGUUGCCACCAUUGGAGCAGUUGUCCUACUCUGCAUUGUUGGGUGGAAGAGUUCAAAUGGUGAUGGACUCGUUCAGAUGGUCUGCUCGUUUCGCAACCAUCGCUUUACGUUACGCAGUCGGAAGACGUCAAUUUAAGUCCUCUGCUCAAGCGGAUGGAUCCGAGACCCAAUUGCUCAACUAUCCUUUGCACCAGAAAAGAUUGUUGCCCUGGUUGGCACAAGCUUAUGUCUUCAGCGUUGGUGCUUGGAAGAUGGAGGAAACUCUUGCAGUCACUUUGGAUGAGUUGGAUAUCGCUGUAGAGAACAACGACAUGAAGGCUAUCAUGAAAUCAAUCAAUGACAUGAAAUCUGUGUUUAUUGACUCUGCUGCCAACAAAUCUACUAGCACUUGGCUCACAGCUGACCUCAUUGACCAAUGUAGACAGUCAUGUGGUGGCCACGGCUAUUCUUCAUACAACGGAUUCGGCAAGGCCUUUAAUGAUUGGGUUGUUCAAUGCACCUGGGAAGGUGACAACUCCGUUCUCGCUAUGUCUGUUGGAAAGCCAUUCAUCAAGGCCGUUGUGGAAGUCUUGAAGAACGGAAAAAAGCAAACUGGCUCGAUCUCCUUCUUAAAUGACGCUAAGGCCGUUGAUAACAAGGAUUUGUACCUCAGAAGUUCGAGCGAUGUUUUGGAUUUGAAGAAGAGUUUAAGAGCUAUUGAGAUUUUGAUCACCAGAAUUGCGAUCCAGGGCUCUCACAUUGUCGCUGAGAAUAAUAAUAGUUACGACUCCGUGGGAGCUUCCAGCUUGGCUAUCUCCAAAUUGAAGGCUCAUCAUUACAUGUUGAAGGAGUACAUUGACAGGAUAGAGAAAAAUGAGUACAAGGAGCUCAACCCCUACUUGUUGAAAUUGGGUCAAUUGUAUGUCACAGCUAAUGUGAUUGAGAAGUUCAGUGGUGAAUUUGUUAGCAACUACGUUAUUUCGCCAGAAACACUCAACGAAGUUAUCAAUAAGGUCACCCCAAAGAUUUGCGCUGAGCUUAGACCAGAUGUAAUUGCUUUGACUGACUCAUUCCAAUUCAGUGACUUCAUCAUCAACUCUGCAAUCGGUAAGCACGAUGGAAACAUCUACGAGAACUACUUCGGAACUGUCAAGCAGUUGAACCCAUCAAAAUUGACUAAGGCGCCAUAUAGUGCAGAGUUUGAAUCAGCCUUGAACAGAAGCUCCACUGAUGUAAGGGAGAGAUUCGAAAGAUCUGGUGUUGCAGGCUCUAUUCUUUCUAAGUAG